CCAGACCAUGCUCGCAACCACAGUCUCACCACUAACCGUACAACUAAGGGCAACUCUUGCUCUCUCAGAAGAGGCAGAUCAGGCGCUUGCGUCUCUCACACAUGAACACACCCAGAUCACAGCCGAGGCUCACAAUUUACGGAAGGAGCGCGACGACGCGACGAAAGCGUUACACGCAUCCAAACAACAGGCUCAGACGUGGAAGCAAGCGGUGGACGAAUGGACUGCGACCGCGGAUAGGUGGAAAGCGCAGGCAGAUAGACGCGAGCUCGUUAUCAACCAACAUGUUGAGACGAUAUCUCAGCUCGAACGUGAGUCCGAACGAUGGAAGGAACAGUGUACGAGCUUGCAGCAAACCUUCAAGGAGACGGUUUCGCAGCUGCGCAUGGACGCCGAGCAUUGGAGGGAGCAAUGUCGUCAGCUCGAACAAGAACGCCACGAACUGGCCUCAAAGCAUGAUGCACUGCUCGCAGAACAUAGGGCUCGUGCGUAUGCAACCCCAGCCAAGGCUGCAUCUUCCAGGUCGUCCCAACCAAGCUCCAAAGCGUCAACAACUACACGACGCACCUCAGCACAUGUGUCUACCUACGACGAAGAUACUGAACAACCGCGGAGCCCGACCAUGGUAGCCUAUGACAUCGUUUGGCACCCUGGCGAGCAGCGAACUUACGCGAAGGCACCCCGGCCGCAAGCAUCCAGCGCUUCUGCCGCGCAGAGCCUGCAACACUCCAUGCAGCCCGGGGAGUCUCGAUUGAUCCGACGCGUACAUGCAGUUAUCGAAGUGCCUGUAAAGGAUGAAGACGACGAGAGCGCCAGCCGCGGUGCCCUCCGUUCUCAGUCAGGCUCACACUCCGCCGCUGAAUCAGACGCCGAUGAGCCAAGCCAGCAGCCGGAGCGGGGGAAGAAACGGCCACGUCGGGAGAGCGCACGCCGCGUGAUCUCGUACGACGACGCGUACACGAACGAUGAUCUUGACGACCCUUCCGAUGAGGAUGCUAGGGUGCCUUCCGCAAGCCGCCGACUCAAGCGACUUACCGUCGAAGACGACGAGGACGAGUUGAUGAUUGGCGCAAAGAAUGAUCGACAAGAAAUAUACGGUAGACAGCGUGUUGGCGAAUCUGCGCGACCACGCAAAAUCAGACAAACAGCCGGCGCGGGUGCUUCUGGCACUGCACGGGCCUUGUCAGCAGGCAAGAAACAUCCUCCAGGUCGGGAGCCGACCACCACAAAGGCCGGAAAGCCAAAGAAGAAUCGGUGAUGCGUGAAAAGUACACGCUACUGAACG